AUGACUUGUUACAUUGAUGCAUCCAUUCCGUCAGGAAAUGGUCGUCGAAUUACACUACUUGGUACGGAUUUGAUCUUUGCGAGCAUUGAUAAUGUUUUUGUUUAUCCAACUCUUAAUGUCGAUCGAUUACGAAAUGCUCUUAGCGAAACGCUUUCUAUAUGGCCGAUUCUAACUGGUCGUAUUAUUGUUAAUUGUGACGAAUACAUGAUUGAAUGUUCUGAUAAUUCUAUUCCAUUUAAUUACACCGAAAAUAAUGAACUAGAAUGUUGGCCAGAUUUACCUGUUGUUGUUGAUGAUAAAACAAUACUUGAACCAUUUAUUGAUUCCGUUCAAUAUAAAAUUGAAGUUGAACCACUUCUUCGAUUUAAGGUUACUUAUUUACUUCGUAGUAAGGAAUAUAUUGUUGGUACAAGUACUUCACACUUAGUUGGUGACGCCUAUUCAAAUAUCCGUUUUCUAAAUGAUCUUUCUCAAAUUUAUCAACAUCUUGAACCUUUACCACCUCGUCCUAUUUUUCAACGGUGUUUACUCAACAAAGAAAAAUUGGACCUUUCUUUUCCGCUUAUUAAGGAAAUAUCAGAAAAAGCUGAAAAGAUUGAAUCAUUUUUUGGGCGUUUUAUCAAAGGAAAAUCCGAAACUGAACAAAUCAAUCUAUCUUUUUCUUCUGAACAACUUAUUAGAUUACAGAGUAUUGGUAAAUGUGAUGAUGAAGAAGUGACGAUUCAUGAUACACUAUGUGCUUAUAUUAUUAUUACUUUAAAUAAAUAUUUUUUUCUUACGACGGAUGAACAUAUCCAACGUGCUCGUAUGAUUAUUAAUUAUCGUGGUAUUUGUGAUUCAUUAGUGACACAGGAACAUGUCGGAAAUUACAUUAUUUCAAUACCAUCUUCUCAGUUUACAGAUUCACUUUCUUUACCUUCUACUGCGAAAAUAAUUCGACAAGCAAUUAAAACGAUUCGUAAUGAGGAUUUUCUCGAAAAAUGGCUUGUUUCAGCUGAUGUGUUAACAAGACAACUUAUCAAAGAUGGUCGUGUCAAUUAUAUAUUAGAUCAGAAUGAAGUUAUUUUUAAUUCAAAUUUUAAAUAUGAUUGGGCAAAUGAAGUUAAUUUGGGUAUGAUCAAUCAAUGUCGAUUCCAUACAGCAGUAUCAUUUAAAUUUUAUUUUCGAAUAUUUCAAUUGAAUCCUAUUAAGGGAAAAGAUGGACGUUGGACAAAAGAUAAUGGAGGUGCACAAGUAGCUGUUAGAAUUCCAAAAGGAGAACGAAAAGAUAAAUUUUUAGAAGCAUGGACAAAAGAUAUUCAAGAGAAUUUUGCUACUGUUACUCCUUUGGAAACGACUGGUUUCCGAAGACACCAUGGUAGUUCUUGA